AAAAAAAAAGUGAAAAGAAGCAUCUCAGACAGUGUUCAAAAGGGGAGAAAAAAAAAAUUCUGUCGCUCUCUCAGGAAAAAAGUGAAAAAGGCAAAAAUUCAAUAAAAAAGAUUCGAUUUCUUAGGCUGGCAAUCGAGAAACGGCUCUCCUUCAUUUCUAUCCCUUUGGAAGAAUCCAUUCUCUCCUCUUCGUUUUUGUUUUCUGAUUGAUUAAAUUUGUCUUACUUAACAUUUAAUUUCAUAUUUACUCCUUCAGAUAAUAAAUAAAUUUCCAAUUCCAAAACUCCAAUACAUUUAAUUUUAGCUGUUUUUUUUUAUUAAUGGCUGCGAGUGAGAAUCCGACGGGGAAUAAUCAGGAAGGUUCGUCGAGCCAUAAGGUGACGGCUCCUCCUCCGCCAGCUAAUGGCGUGUCCGUCAAUUCGAACAACAGCGGGGGCAAUACCUCAGCCACCGCCGCCGUCUCGGCUGAUAAGCAGUCCGCGUUGAGGCACAACCCUGGCAUCUCCGUCGACUGGACUUCCGAUGAACAAUUGAUGCUUGAAGAUUUGCUCCCCAAGUAUGCCUCUGAUUCAACCAUAGUUCGCUAUGCUAAGAUCGCAAUGCAGUUGAAGGACAAAACAGUUCGGGACGUGGCACUGCGUUGUAGAUGGAUGACUAAAAAGGAAAAUGGCAAACGAAGGAAAGAGGAUCAUAAUUCAGCAAGGAAAAAUAAAGACAGAAGGGAAAAGGGUACGGAGUCUUCAGCAAAGUCUACACCUCAUUUAACAACUAGGCCUAAUGGUCCUUCAUAUGCUCCACCAAUUAUCCCUAUGGACAACGAUGAUGGCAUCCCAUCCAAAGCCAUUGGUGGCGUGACGGGAGAGCUGCUUGAACAAAAUGCUCAAAUGUUUAAUCAAGUUUCUGCAAAUUUUGCAGCUUUCCAGAUACAUGAUAAUAUAAGUAUCUUAUGCAAAGCUCGGGACAAUAUCCUUUCAAUCUUGAAUGACUUAAAUGACCUGCCAGAGAUAAUGAAACAAAUGCCUCCACUUCCGGUCAACGUAAAUGAAGAACUGGCCAACAACAUCCUUGGUCAUCCAUCCCAUCAGAUGCAAUCAUGAUUGGGGCCAUUCUGAUGAUACUUCUGACCAUUUGUUUCAUGCUGGAAUUCUCAAUUCAAAUCUGAAAACAAGGUAAAACUAAAAAAGGGAAUAAACCGGUCAGUUAAUCAAGUCAUUUUGUUAAAUUAAAAAUGUUUUCGAAGUGUGUUAUUUCUAUCAUGUUUUAUAACUUAUUUUGACAUAUGAUUAAUUUUAGGAACUAUUAGUCUGUGUAGCUUGUGAAUAGUUAAUUAUGUAGAAUGAAAUCCUUUCUGUAUAAUCAUUGAAGGAAAAGUCAAUCCUAGUUGAAGUUCAGUGGAAAGAGAUAAAGUGUGGUUGCAUUAAUACUGAUUCUAGCUCAAAAUGUUAUCUUGGAAGAAUGAGAUUGGUUGGGUUGAGGUUUGAUGGUAAGGUUAGAGGGCAUUUUGCUUGAGGACCCUCUCCCCAUGUGCAAAACAAUGAAUGAAUCAGGAUUGAUAUUGCAUUCUUGGCAUGGCUCAACCGAUAGGGAUGGAAAUAGGCUUCUGACUAAAGUUUCUUGUAGCCAUCCCACUUGUUUAGACUUUGGCCUGGCCACUGGACUCUCCUAAACUGGAUGGCAUGGCUGGUGUUUCAUAAUCUAAUCCUAAUCAUAAUAUCAUUUUAUCUUAUUUUAUUAUAAUUUUGCGAAUUAAAUAACAUCUUUAGCUUUUGAUAUUUGUGUAACUCCGUUGGAUUUUAAGCUACACAAAGAGAGAUAUCUUAUGGAUGAUGAGUCCACACUUGCAAAAUGAUUUUCAAAUAUCAAAAGAAUAGGUCGAAACGCCUGAAGUAUUCUUAAAACAAUGGCAUUGCAUCUAAUUAGCAAAUUAGAUAAAUUCUUGGACACAAAUAAUUUCCCU